GAGGAGCGUGGCGUGGAGGGUGCCUGGCGUCGCUGCUGGACAUGGAGGUAACUAUCGGCCGUUUCAUUAUCGUCCUGAGUCCACGUCCGCUCGCUCUCUUUGGUCACUUGGAGCAAGUGGACCGGCAAGUAACGGAGACCGAUGGGUACAUGAUGGGCUUUGUACCCCUCCACGAUGGUGGGGCUCAUGUUCUGCUCUUGACGCACAAUCUGUAGCGAGCGUUGCUUUUGGAUCUUUUCCGUGGCAUUGAUACCCUUCCUCGCUCACUUAUCUUCCAGCACCGCGCAUUGCUUUCGCACAGCGUACGCAGCCGCACAUACUACUACUACAGUCGCCCUCGCUCCGCGUCCACGCCCGAACCAUGUCGUCCGGUAUCACAGAGACCGAGACGGUCCUCACCCUCGACAACAUCAACCCACACGUCCGCGCGGCCAAGUAUGCUGUCCGUGGCGAGCUCGCUGUAAAGUCGGAGCAGUACCGCGCAAAGCUGGCCAAGGGCGAGGGCAAAGACCUGCCCUUCGACACCGUCAUCGCCGCCAACAUCGGCAACCCGCAGCAGCUGGACCAGAAGCCCAUCACCUUCUUCCGCCAGGUCGCGUCGCUGCUGGAGAACCCGCUGCUGCUCCAGCACGAGGACGUCCUCACUGGGAGUCUGGGCUACAAGAAGGAUGUCGUCCAGCGAGCACGGAAGCUGCUGAAGGAGGUCAACAGCGUGGGCGCAUACUCCCAGUCCCAAGGUGCACCAGGCAUCCGCCAGUCGGUCGCCGAAUACAUCGAGCGCCGCGACGGCUACCCAUCGACAUUCGACAACGUAUACCUCAGCAACGGCGCCUCGUCCGGCGUCAACACGCUCCUUCACGUCAUCUGCGCAAAGCCAGAGACCGGCAUCAUGGUGCCCAUCCCCCAGUACCCUCUCUACACCGCCACCCUCUCCGUCCUCGACGCCCGCUGCGUCCCCUACUAUCUCGACGAGUCCGCCAACUGGGGCACCAGCAUGGCCGCGAUCCAGGAGAGCUACGACAAGGCGAAGAGCGAGGGCACAGACGUAAAGGCUAUCUGCAUCAUCAACCCGGGCAACCCGACGGGUGCCUCGCUGCCUGCCGAGGACAUCAAGAGCGUACUGAAGUUUGCGGCGAGGAACAAGCUCGUCGUCAUCGCAGACGAGGUCUACCAGACCAACGUCUUCAUCGGCGAAUUCAUCUCCUUCAAGAAAGCACUGCGCGACCUGCAGAAAGAGUCCCCCGGCCAGUUCGACCGCAUCGAGCUCGCGUCCCUGCACUCGGUUUCCAAGGGCAUGGUCGGCGAGUGCGGACACCGCGGCGGAUACUUUGAGUUAGUCGGCUUCCAUCCGGAGGUUGCGGCUGAGAUCUACAAGUUCAUCUCGAUCCAGCUGUGUCCGCCGGUCAUCGGGCAGUGCAUCGUGGAGAUGAUGGUCAACCCGCCAAAGCAGGGCGAGGAGAGUUAUGAGUUGUACAAGAAGGAGUACGACGGCAUUUUCAAGGGACUGAAGGAGCGCGCGUAUGCGCUGUAUGAGGCGUUUAAGAAGAUGGAGGGCGUGGAGGUUGGGGAACCGCAGGUCAGUACUCUUCAGGUCUCACAUCCUCUCACCGUCCAGACUAUCCCCGCUGUCCGGCUCCCUCGUAGUUGUGGGACGAGCUAACUGUACGAAGGGCUCCAUGUAUCUCUUCCCCACCAUCACGCUCCCCAAGAAGGCUCUCGAGCAGGCGAAGAAGGAGGGCCACGCCGCCGACGAAUUCUAUUGCUUCCGCAUGCUCGAUGCGACAGGUGUGUGCACAGUCGCUGGCACA